AUGCUUCCAACUGGGUUGAAGCAAAAGACCAAGCGGACGACAGCUCGGUCUCCGUUCGAAAGUACCGCCAUGAACCAGCAUGUGAAUGAAGACAUUGAAAUGGACGACGAAACAAGCUCGGACGAAGAGAGUAUCCCCGAAGCGGACGAAUCGGAGAAGAAGCUGGAGCGCAUGCUCUUUGGUGACGAUGCGGGCUUUAUGGGCGCUUUGAAGAGCCAGCAGGAGCGGGCUGAUGCUAUGCAGCUCACUCUAUAUAGUGACGAAGAGAGUGGAAGCGCUGAUGAAGACGCAGAGGGCGAGGAGGGAGAAGAUAUGGAUAAUAUGGCCGAUGCGGAUCUCUUUUUCCUUGACUCCGGCGAUGCACCCGCUCCUACAGAGAUCAUAUCUCCCGAGACCCCCUCCGAUGCCGAGGACUCUGAAGGAGACGCUCCUGCCGUAUGGCACGACAGCGACGAUGAGCGAAUCGCCGUAUCGUUAGCAGGCCAAGCCAAGCUGCGCAAAUUGCGCAUCACCGAAUCGGAGGACGUUGUCAGCGGCAAGGAAUACGUUCGGCGACUGCGCAGACAAUUCCAGCGUCUGCACCCGACUCCCGAAUGGGCAAACCCGGAACUCGCCGCAAAGCGCCGGAAGAUGAACUCGGACGACUCAGAUGUGGACAGUGAUCAGGAAAUGGAAUCUGAUGAGGAGGAGCAAUUGUCCAUGCAGCCUCUUGCCAAGCUGCUUCAGAAUGCUACCGACCUGACCCGCAUCGAAGAUAAUGCUCGCUCAGGUGGAAAACGCAAGUUGCGACAGGAGGUGCUUGAUAUCCAGAGAUUGAAGGAUGUCGGAAAGGCGCAACCGUCCUCCGUCGAUUCGCUCAUGUUCCACCCUCACUACCCGCUCUUGCUCUCCUCUGGACCCGCAUCGACCCUAUUCCUGCAUCACAUCUCUCCCUCAGCACCAGCCCCGAACCCGCUCCUGACUUCGUUGCACAUUAAACGCACGCCGAUUCACACUUCCGCUUUCGCCCCGGGAGGUAACAAGAUUUUCGCCUCCGGCCGCCGCCGCUAUUUCCACAUGUGGGACCUGGACACCGGCAAGGUGGAUAAGGUCAAUGGCUCCGCAGACCGCAAAGACGAACAAAAGUCCAUGGAACGCUUCAAGCUCUCACCCUGUGGCCGUUACGUCGGCCUGGUCGGCAGUUCCCGUAAGGGCGGCGGUGUGAUCAACGUCCUGGACUCUGGCACUGCACAGUGGAUCGCGCAGGUCCGCGUUGAUGGCCGUGGUGGAGUCGCCGACUUUGUUUGGUGGUCCGAUGGCGAGGGUAUGACCGUUGCUAGCAAGAAUGGUGAGAUCUCCGAGUGGGACGGUAAGCAGCGUCGUGUGAUCGCUCGCUGGCUUGAUGCCGGUGCCGUCGGCACUACUGUUCUGAGUCUGGGUGGCCGCUCGGGCCGCACCCAGCUCGGCGGUAAUCGCUGGGUUGCUAUUGGAAGCUCCAGUGGUGUUGUUAAUGUCUACGAUCGUCGUGACUGGGCUGCUGCUUAUGCCAAUGCCUCUGCUGCCGAGAAGGAUGGCAAUCAGGCUGGUGUCCCGCGCAACCCGAACCCGGUCCGUGUCUUGGACCAGCUUACUACCCCGAUCAGCCAUUUGGUCUUUGCUCCUGAUGGUCAGAUGCUGGUUAUGGCGAGUCGGUGGAAGCGUGAUGCCCUGCGUCUUGUCCACCUCCCAUCGUGCACCGUUUACCGCAACUGGCCUACCUCCAAUACGCCCUUGGGUCGUAUUUCAUCUGUGGCCAUCUCACCAAACUCUGAGCAGUUGGCCGUUGGUAAUGAGCAGGGCCGUGUUCGACUCUGGGAGAUUAGAGGGUAG